AGGCUGGAGAAUAUCAUUCUUAUUUUAAAUAAUGUGGCCCUGCAGUGUCUGGGGCCCCAUCAGCAGAAAGAGCAGCCGGAAUAGUCCUGGGGCAGAGUUGAGCCCAUUUAUGGCAGUUACAUCCCCCCUGGCAUGAGCCAAUGAGACUCCCUCACCCCCGGCCUUUGUCCUCCAGCUCCGGCUGCCACUGAUCCCCCAGGUGCCCCCGGCUAAUCCUGCCCUGUGUCUGGGAUCCAUGUGCCUAUAUUUAGGCCUUAAACAACUGUGUCCUAAAAAUGGAGAGGGGGGAGUGGGUGAGGGGGGCAAUGUAAGGUUUCCUGGUCACUCUGCUGCUGCCUGUCCCACUGUCUCUGCUGCCUGACAAUGUACUGGCUCUGGCUCCUAGUACUGGGGGCCCUGGGGCCCUUGGUGGGGACUGAAGAAGGCCUCCAUUUCCCCACAUAUGAUGGCAAAGACCGAGUCCUGGAACUGGGGGAGAAGAACUACCGGCAGCUGAUGAAGAAACACAAGGUGUUCUGCAUCCUGCUCCAAACUGCACCCCCAUCUGGGGACAAGAUUGCCCAGCGGCGCCUCCACCUCACUGACAUGGUCCUGGAGCUCACAGCUCAGGUUCUGGAAAGGAAGCAGAUUGGAUUUGGACUUCUAGACCCAAAGAAGAAUUCCAAGAUUGCAAAAAAACUUGGGUGCUCUGAGGAGGGCAGUCUUUAUGUCUUUAAGGAGGACAAUGUCAUAGAAUUUGAUGGGGAGAUGGCGGCCGACGUUAUCGUAGAUUUUCUUCUUGAUCUGAUUGAAGAUCCUAUUGAAGUCAUUAAUAGUAAAGUGGAGCUGAAGGUCCUGGACCACAUGGAGGAGGAAAUGAAACUGAUUGGCUACUUUAAGGGCGAGGAUUCUGAGCAUUACAAAGAGUAUGAAGAAGCUGCAGAACAUUUCCAUCCUUAUAUCAAGUUCUUUGCAACCUUUGAAAAGACGGUGGCCAAGGCCCUCAGCCUGAAGAUGAAUGAGGUGGAUUUCUAUGAGCCUUUCAUGGAAGAACCUGUGACAAUUCCGGAGAAACCCUACAGCGAGGAGGAACUGGUGGACUUUAUCCAAAAGCAUAAACGAGCCACAUUGCGCAAGCUCCGCCCAGAAGAUAUGUUUGAGACCUGGGAGGACGACCUGGACGGGAUCCACAUUGUUGCUUUUGCAGAGGAGGAGGAUCCAGACGGAUAUGAGUUUCUCCAGAUCCUGAAGGAGGUCGCGCGGGAGAACACGGAGAAUCCGGAACUCAGUAUAAUCUGGAUCGAUCCCGAUAAUUUCCCUCUGCUGGUUUCCUAUUGGGAGAAGACAUUUCACAUUGACCUGUUCAGACCUCAGAUAGGAGUUGUCAAUGUUACAGAUGCUGACAGCGUCUGGAUGGAAAUGAAAGAUGCAGAGGAUCUGCCGUCGCCCGAUGAGCUUGAACAGUGGAUAGAAGAUGUCCUGUCUGGGAAAGUCAAUACAGAAGAUGAUGAUGAUGAUGAUGACGACGACGAUGAUGACGACGACGAUGACGACGACGAUGAUGACGACGACGAUGAUGAAGACGAUGAUGAUGACGAUGAUGAAGAUGACGAUGAUUACUAAAGUAUCAUUCAUACCAAGAACUGAAAUGUUGGCUGAUCUGGGCCAACACCAGUCCAAUUAACACUGGUUUGUUCAAUGCAGAACCAGAACCCAGAUGUGGUUCCCCAAACCAGAUGCAGUAUCUGUCGCAUUCUUUUACAGAACCUUUCAACCCACAAUAUCUACAGAAACAGCAUUAUACUGGAAUUUUGAUUGGUUAACCUCUUCCACACUGUCUGAGAAACACAAAUUAGUUAUUUUAUCUGAUAAAUGUGAGUCAGGGUUUUAUUUCUUCUGUGUUCAUGAGUUUUGCCCAUUUUGGUACUUGGCUUACAUGACACACAAAUAAACUGUCUUCCAAUAGA